AAAAAAAAGAAAGAAAGAAAGAAAAUAAAAAUGGAAACAAAACCAAACACAACGAUUUGCCAAGAUAAAAGCAGCCACUUCACAUAAGCUUCGCAAUCACUUACGUGUUGGAUGGAUACUUAAUUUGACACUGUACUUUGUGUUUUUCUUCACCUUUUCUCUUCUGUGUACAUCAUUAUUCACUCAAGAAAUUUCUCUCUUUGUAUUAUAUCAAUAAGAUCAUAUCUCACAAUCAAAAACAAAAGGCUCUGCAGUUGUGAAGAAGAUGAUCAAAGCAAUCUCAUCUCUGCGCAAAAGUCUGGUUCUACCUCUUCACUCGCAUAUUCGUACGCUACAAACUUUCUCUAAGCACAACGCACAAGCUGCAUCAGCCUUGCGGGAAGAGCGUAAGAAACCUGUUUAUCGAGAUGAUGAGUAUGCGGAUAUAGAUUGGGAUAAUCUCGGGUUUGGUCUAACACCAGCUGAUUACAUGUACGUCAUGAAAUGCUCAAAAGACUGCGAAUUCACUGAAGGAGAACUUAGUCCCUAUGGGAAUAUUCAGCUAAGUCCUUCUGCUGGAGUUUUAAACUAUGGACAGGCGAUAUAUGAAGGUACAAAAGCAUACAGGAAAGAAAAUGGAGAGCUUCUUCUUUUUCGUCCGGAACACAACGCUAUCCGAAUGAAACUUGGCGCUGAAAGAAUGCUCAUGCCUUCUCCUUCGGUUGAUCAGUUUGUUCAUGCAGUUAAACAAAUCGCUUUUGCAAACAAACGUUGGGUUCCUCCUUCAGGGAAAGGAUCUUUAUACAUAAGGCCUCUUUUGAUGGGAAGUGGUCCAAUUCUUGGGUUAGCACCUGCACCUGAAUAUACAUUUAUUGUCUAUGCAUCUCCAGUUGGUAACUACUUCAAGGAAGGUAUCGCUGCUCUUAACCUCCAUGUCGAGGAAGAGUACGUCCGGGCAGCUCCUGGUGGAGCUGGAGGCGUCAAAAGCAUCACAAAUUAUGCCCCAGUUUUGAAAGCACUGAGCAGAGCCAAGAGUAAGGGGUUUUCAGACGUUCUCUAUCUCGACUCUGUCAAGAAGAAGUAUCUUGAGGAGGCUUCUUCUUGCAACGUCUUUGUUGUAAAGGGUCGGACAAUCUCAACUCCUGCAACUAAUGGAACAAUUCUCGAGGGGAUUACUCGGAAAAGUGUGAUGGAGAUCGCGAGUGAUCAAGGUUAUCAGGUAGAAGAGAAGGCAGUUCAUGUGGAUGAAGUAAUGGAUGCAGAUGAAGUUUUCUGCACUGGAACUGCUGUAGGAGUUGCUCCUGUGGGCACUAUAACAUAUCAGGACAAAAGAGCAGAGUAUAAAACAGGGGAUGAAUCUGUCUGCCAGAGACUACGUUCGGUACUCGUCGGUAUCCAGACAGGAUUAAUUAAAGAUACCAAGGGAUGGGUCACAUGUGUCAACUGAGAAAUCAACCUUUUGCCACGACAGAGAUAACUCUGCAUUUUAAGAUGUGCAUACACAACACAACAAUGAAGAACACUUGUGUAAAAAUCUAUAUAUAAGACAGAAACAGAAAGCUCUUUUGCUCCUUUCUCACAAAA